UCUCUUCCACUCCCACCAGCUCUAUCACAAGAAAUAAGAAAGUACAAGCCGUUACUUCAGCUAGUUUGGUCGGUUGUCUCGUGGUUCGACCAUGAUUUCUUAUCGUAUGACGCACGCACAAAAUAAUCUUCGACUUUAUUUAUAUUAAUAAAGUUAGUGUGAAUUUUGAAAGAAAAGAACAUAUUUCUCGAUGUUCGCCAAUAGCGAUGCAGUGGCUUUUAUUACUUUGCUGCGCGACUAUCGCGAGUGCGCUUAAACUCGCUGCGUACAUAUCUUCCGGUGGCCUCCACGGAGAAAUUCGUUUCGAAAGAGCCACCGAAUCCUCGCUACGAAUACGAUAUUCUCUGAAAGCGACCUUACAAUAUCCGGAUCAGCAAUGGCUGUGGUCGAUCACUCAGUUUCCGGUCGAUUACACAAUCAUCAACGGCAGAUGCGACAAACGAUAUAUUGGCGAAAGUAUCAUCGAUUUGACAGAAAAAGUCGGACCUCUCGAAUUGCCAACAAAUCAAACAGGAUCAAUAGAAAUCGCAGGUUUGUCUUUAACUGGAGAAGCGGGUUUAUGGGGAAAGGGUUUGGUGCUGAAAGAUAAUUAUUCGCCGAGGACGAUAUGUGCUUCGAUCACGCUUCUUGAAAAAAAUAUUGAAAAAUUUGCUCAGGCACGUUUUUACGGUCCAGUGGCUGGAACAGUUUUGUUUCGAUGGUUAAAUGGUCAGUUCGAUCAUGAGCCUACCGAUACAAUUAUUCAUACAAAUUUACAUCAUAUCCAUAGACAAAAAUUACAGUUGCUUAAUUACACCGAACAUCAUUGGAAGAUAUAUGUUACGGAUAUCUUUGAAACUGGCAAAGAUAAAGACAACUGUAAUAUACUUCAAAAUGUAUUUGAUCCUAAUACAUCUGGCAUUGGAAAAUCUAUUGGAGACGUCGAUGUACGCUUAGGCAAAAUAAAAGUUGCUGUCAAUACACAGAAACAGUAUAAAACAUUCUAUAGAGAUCCAGAAUUGUCUUUAUUACCAGCGGAUUUGCUUGGACCACAUCGUCAUUUAUAUCUAGUCAUUUUUCAUCCCGUGCAUGAGGAUUCGUUCUUAGCCUGUGCCAAAAUUAAUCAUCGUAAGCCGAUACAUACAAAGGCUGUAAUCAAUUCACGUGGAAUCAGAGGAGAAGUUACAGCGAUUCAAGAAACGCCGUUUGAUCCAACAUGGAUCAAUAUUUCUUUAACAACUAUAAAUGAUCUAGAAACCAGAUUACGAUACGCCACUAAAUUGGCGUUUUAUAGAAUCCAUGAAUUACCUCCGGAACCAGCGAAAACUGUGGGAAUUACUAUUGACUCAUGUUUAACUACUAAAAAAUUGUUUAAUCCAUUGAAUAUUAUUGAGAAGACUACUCCACCAGCAGGUUUUGGUACUCAGGAUCAAUAUGCUAUCGGUGAUCUCUCCGGAAAACUUCAAGGUCGUAAAGAAGGAUCUUAUCACAAUGACAUUUUGCCCGGAAGCGCUAAACUUAGUGGAAUUUAUUGGGACACGUAUUUACCACUGUCCGGAACUUACAGUAUUGUUCACAGAUCUUUAGUUCUUUACAAAUAUAAUGAAACCGAUAAUAAAAGCGUAAUUUCGUGGGUGUGUGGCACGUUUGCGCUUUACACGCCACAUACCGAUUGGCAAAUGUCAAUGUACACAGCAGAAGUAGUGUUCAGGUAUCCCAUUGUCGGGCGGAUACUCUUCCGACAACCUAAAGAUGAUCCUGAAAUGGAUACUACUAUAAUAAUAGAACAACUUGUUUAUGCAGAUGGCAACGCCGUAAAUAAUACUGCGGACCAUAGAUGGAUGGUGCAUGACAAUCCACCGGGAAAAGAUUUUUACAAUUGGACAGGUCGAUGUUUAAGCGCUGGAUCGCCUUACAAUCCCUACAAGGUGGAAUGGAAAUCAGAUAGCUCUUGCUUCAUUGAAGAAGCUUCAUUAUGUCGCUUGGGUGAUUUAACGAGACACGGGACACUUAAAAUCGCCGGUAGAAAGGCCAAUGCUUCAGAAUUGACUCGAAAACUCUUUACCGAUACAAUGUUACCUUUAUCAGGAUCUCGCGCUUUAUUUGGCAAGAGUUUAGUCAUUUACGAUGAUCAUGGUCCAGUUGCGAGAGGAGACCGAUUGGCUUGUUCCAUUAUUGGUGGGGUUUAUCGGCGUAAAGCGGUCGUCAGAGAUUGGUUCGGUAAUGGCGAACAGAUAUCUUUGAAAGGGAAAUUAGAGUUAUUGCAGCAGACCGAAUAUGAUAUCACUAGUGUAGAAGUAUCCCUCGAAGGUCUUGGUGGAAAGAUGAGCGGAUAUCAUGUACAUAUGACACCUGUAGAAUACGAUUUAGAAUUUCCAUGCGAGGGAACAUCGCUCUACGGACAUUGGAAUCCAUUGGGUGUCGAUACGAAUAAUGUACCAGCAACGGAGGAAGGUACAUUGGAUCAAUAUGAGAUGGGUGAUUUGAGUGGAAAAUACGGCACCUUGGACAACAAAAAGAGAUACACAAUAACAUAUAAUGAUACCAUGUUGCCACUGUUUGGUCCAAGGAGUAUACUGGGACGUAGCGUGGUAAUUCAUAAAAGAGAAAAGAAUUUAAGAUGGGCAUGUUCCACCAUAGAGAGAGGAUAUUCUCCUACCGAUGCCAGUGAAUUACGUGCUAUCGCGUCAUUUCAUCAUCCACAAGGCUUUGUAUACGGUUAUAUAAAAAUGACGCAGCUUGUAUAUAAAGACGGUAGCCAAAGUGAGACGAUGAUCGAAGUGAAUUUGCGACAUCCUGGAAAACAUGAUCGCAAUAUUACUAGAAAUCACAAUUGGGCAAUAUAUGUAAAUCCUGUGGGUGUAGACGCUGCGGUAAAGAUAAAAGAUACCCGAUGCGUAGCAGGUGGAUACACGUGGAAUCCCUAUUACACUCAAUUAGCCGAUCCAAUAAAUGAUGAUCUUUAUAGACAGGAAUGCGGUCCAGAUCUGCCACUUAGAUGUUAUGUCGGUGAUAUAUCAUCUCGUCUAGGACCUAUUAACGUUGGAGAAAAACGACAAGUAUUUACAGAUCAAAAUUUUCCUCUGGGUGGCUCGAUAUCCGCGAUAGGCAGAUCUAUUGUUAUUUUUGAUAAGGAGUUUGCUAGUAAUAGAUUUGCUUGUGCAAAUAUUGAACCGGAUAACGACAUCGUGAAAUACGCGAAUAUUAGGAAACCACCAAGAUUUGUAGUAGCACAAUUUUUGGAAGAUGUAAGAAAAGUGAUGGGCAUUCCUGAGUGGAUGUUAUCCAUUGAUAAUAGAAAAACCAAAAUAUUACAUGAUGGCGCAUGCAUUCAAUUUCUCUUGCAUUUUAAAGGUCCAAUUGCCAAUAAACUAGAGCAAGACUUUAGCAAGCUUAUAUCCAUUGGUAAACUCGAAGCUCCUAGUUUAUAUAUUCCUGGUUAUAUACCGAUAAAAAGGAAAAGCACAUUGGGACAUCGGCAAUGUGGCGUACGCGACCCAAACGAUAAAAAUAUCAAUGUUUAUCGUAACUCGUCUGUCUCGUUAUUGCCGGAAAUAUUUGUAAUGGUAAUAUUCUUAAUAAUGAUAACUAUCAAAUAUUGUGUUUCCUAAUGUAAAGCAUAAAAAUAAAAAAUAAGGUAUAGUAUAAUAUAUGUAUAUAGUUAUAAACAUAACAUAAUCUGUAUAGAUAUAAUAGAACUGUUGUGCUAUUACCAGAAUCUAAUCAAACGUAUUAUGUAAUGUAGAUAUCCGUUGUAUUAUGCGAUAUUUGAGCAUAGAUAUGUUGCAUCGCAUUUUGCACUACAUUGUCCAAAUGCAAUAAUUGCAAUAAAAUUAUUGCGAUAUUUAUAACAUAUAGUAACAAAACUUUCCUGCCUUCUUUUAAAGUUUAUAAUGUGUUUUAAAAAAUAGAGAUAAAAAAUUUUAAAGACAAUAAUU